GUUCGGACAAAUUCGCGGAGGUGCUGAACGAUUCGAUCAUGAAGAAGGUGGAGGAACUCGUGGAGAAGAGCGACAAGAUCCUGGCCGACCAAAACAUCAAAACCCCGAUCGGGAAAUACCGCAAAACCUCCGAGGAGAUCAAGCGUUUCACCAGUCAAUUCCUGUCCGAUUUCGAGAAGGAUCUCAAAGAUAAAGUGCCCGAUUUCCCGAGUCGCAGAGGGAGUCGCACCAGGCGAUCCCGCUCCCGCCGCUCCUGGGACGAUUAAAGCCCACGAACCACGGGCUGAUUAUUGACAUCGAUAGACAAAGCGAUAGACAAAGAGGACGUAGGUAGUAUAGAGCGAUUAUGUUGGUUGAAAUGGGUGGUUCUUGUAGACUAAGGGAGAAAAUGAUGGACGAACUAUGCGUUCUCUCGUGGGUUGCCGUUAGUUGGUCUAUUACCUCCUCCUGCAACCACCCGCUU